UCGAUUCUUUCGGCAUCUCCCUCGUCCAGAGCCCUCGAGUCAGACAUUUAAAGAUGGCUGCCAGUGGCGGUUCGUUCUGAUGUAUAAGUUACGACCUGCUUUUCGACGAGUCGCCCAAUGAAAACACGCGACACAUUCAGCUUAGACACAGCUAGUCCGUUGUUGUGUCUGAAUCAUGUGAAGAUAUAUACUAAACUCAACAUUAGAUCGUGUGUUGACCGUGUGCAUGAGCAGCCAUCUCACUGGACCUACAGAUGGACACAACGAUCUGGGUGUUGUGAAGGAUGUGAAUGAGCUGAACCUCGACGAGACACCAUAGAUUUCUGUGACGGAGUUAGCUGCUCCAGAUAAAACCUACAAAAACGGCGUUACCUGUGAAACGACAGUUGUUCUCAUCGCCUCUGGACGACAUGGACGAAGAACAAAAAAAGGCAGAGGAGAAGAGAAAGCAGCUGGAGGAGGAGACGUUGAAUAUAGGUACCUCUAAUACCAUGGACGAUAUGGUUAAACCAAAGGAGCUUGCCGAUAGAAAAAGAAACCUCGUAUUUGACGAGGAAAGGUUUGAAGAUACUUUCCUGAAGUGUCUUAUAUGUCGUGAAAGCUUUGAUGACGACGAAAAAGCGCCUAAAAUGUUGCCUUGUCACCAUACCUUCUGCCUUGACUGUUUACGUCAGAUGUUCCGAGUAGAGGGCGAAUUUCGUCAAAAUUUAUCUUCUGCUUUUCGGCACAUGCCCAUGGCGGUAAAAAUUUGCUGUCCAUCAUGUCGAGAAGCCCUCAUUCUGUCAGAUGCGGAGAUUAUGCGGUUGCCAAAUGACCACACUGUUUUAGAGUUGCUUGCCUUCGUCAAGUCCACAGGGAAAAAAGAUGUACAAUAUUGUGUAAAACACAAAAUGCAACCGCUGAACUUUUUUUGUGAGCCUUGCAUUUUACCUGUGUGCUGUGACUGCACCGUUCUGGAUCACAAAGAAAAAAAUGGCCACAGAGUGAUGAAUGUUGACGAGGCUUUAGACAAAUACACUCCCGUUUUAGACGAGACUCUUGCAGACCUGCAAAGUGCCGAACAAACUUUACUGGAUAAAAGACAGUCGCUGGAAAAAGCCGCCGAUAAUAUUGAACAAAUACAGCGCGAGUUAGCAGUCCAAAUUCGUCAAACCUUCGAUCGUCUGCGGGACGCCAUUGAUGAAAGGGAGAGAGAGCUCUUCAAAAUGUCCGAAUCGGAAAUCGACCGAAAGCGAGGGGAAAUCGAUGAACAACUUCAAAUUGUUCAAAGCCGACAGGAAUCUCUGACGGCAGAAAAAGAAAAGUUGAAUAGUGCAAGGGAUGAUAAAAAUAUAAGUGCCAUGUUUAGUACACAUCAGACGGCACGAGAGACACUGGAGAAAAAAGUCCACAUCCCCGGCCCGUCACCAUCAUCCAAAGACUUCGCGGUCAGUUUUCAGUUUAAUAGUCGACAGGAAAACGUCAUCAAGGCCAGUAUAGCUGGACUGGGAGACGUAUCUUUCAAAAUGUCGUAAUCACAUGACGUGGAAUAGUUUGAAUUAUGGCAUUUGUAGGACUGUGAAUGUGCAUUUUCGAGGAAAAUUAAGUGUCUUUCAUAUUUUUUUACCAAUUUAUUUGGUAUUUUAACACUGUUGACUGAUAUGGAUGCUGUUUUAAUGUUCCUUUUCAAUUUUCGUAGCUUUCAAGAAAAAAAUACAGUGAGAUUAAUUAUCAUUGUGAAAAUCGAUUGAUAGUGUGCGUUUCAUUGACAUUGCUCAUUUUGAAGAAAUGGCAUUUCGUGAAAUCCGGAGGCAACACAUCUGUUGAAUGAAUUUUCGUAUCGAUUUUCGAUAAAAGUCUUGACAGAAGAAAAGACAAAUUUCGUAUGUUUAAAUGAUUUGUGUAAACAACAUGCUUUAUGUGCAGCUUCAUUCAGCUUAGUGUGCAGAAUUAUAAAUGCAGUGAUUCUUUAUGUAAACCUGUAAAACAUUAAUACAUAUUUCGCAUGUAAUUCAAGUCCUAUGCAAAAACCUUGGAGGAAGUAGGCAACACGAUGUGGUGUCAGGUUAACCACUCCUGUCGGUGAUAAGUCAUACUGUGUAUUUACUCGACCAAACCAUCCGUAACGUUUCAGUAUAAACUUCCUAUAUACUAUCUACGUUAUCAUUUAAAACAUGUAGUCUCCUAUAUAUGUAAAAAAUUAUUACCCUGGAGCGAUUUACAUCUAAAAUAUAAAAGUGAAAAGCCACCGCUGAAAUACCAGCUGCUAUACUACAAAUUGUAGACAGCAUAAAGUCCAGAGUAAGGGGCUGUAGACGGCGAUCAGGUACUCGUGAGGUAGUAGGGGCUGUAGACGGCGAUCAGGUACUCGUGAGGUAGUAGGGGCUGUACACGGCGAUCAGGUACUCGUGAGGUAGUAGGGGCUGUACACGGCGAUCAGGUACUCGUGAGGUAGUAGGGGCUAUAGACGGCGAUCAGGUACUCGUCAGGUAGUAGGGGCUGUACACGACGAUCAGCUACUCGUCAGGUAGUAGGGGCUGUACACGGCGAUCAGGUACUCGUGAGGUAGUAGGGGCUGUACACGGCGAUCAGGUACUCGUGAGGUAGUAGGGGCUGUACACGGCGAUCAGGUACUCGUGAGGUAGUAGGGGCUGUAGACGGCGAUCAGGUACUCGUCAGGUAGUAGGGGCUAUAGACGGCGAUCAGGUACUCGUCAGGUAGUAGGGGCUGUACACGACGAUCAGCUACUCGUGAGGUAGUAGGGGCUGUACACGGCGAUCAGGUACUCGUGAGGUAGUAGGGGCUGUACACGGCGAUCAGGUACUCGUCAGGUACCGUCUAAAACAGUGAGUUUUUGUUGACAGAUAUUGUUAGAUAAUUGUUUAUCACGGAUUAACCUAAACAGUUAAAACAUUAAAAAGAUUGUUCUUAAUAUAUACAAAUGAUCCUAGUGUAUGUCUUCUAUAACAUCUGAAAUAAAACAAAUACCCUACAAACAUACCAACGUUACUUACAUGUACAGUCAAAUUCUCCAAGGGAGGCAAUAAAUGAGGUGGUCACAUAUGACAAUGGUCUCUUAAUCCAGGCUCAGGUGAUAGUAAAUAAAUAACAUUGGGAGGUUAAAAUAUGGUGACAUAUAUCACUGAGGCAGGUUUGACUAUAAAUGUACGUAAAACUCGUGUAGUCCACGUGUCUUCUUGUGAUUUUAUUUUCGGCAAUUUGUGAUUUUUUUUCUUACUAACUUUCGGCUUACUUUUAAAAUAAAGUUAAGUUAUAAGUAUACCUACCGCCUUUAUCUAUCACUGACGUUAUCAAAUCCCACUGUUAUAUAUAUAAACUAAAUCUCCCUAGAUUAUCUACGUUACAGGUAUUUAAAUAAUAGAAAACGUGACACAAAUUAUAUACCGUAAAUGUACAUAGAAAGUUAACUAUCAUUAUCACAAAAAGGAAGAAAAAAGAGACAUAUGCACUCAGAAAUUCAAUAUUGCGAGUUUUAAUGCGACACAUUUCAAUGAUCAUAGCCUAUCGCCGACACAAUAUAGCUUGUGUAAUAAUUGUUAAAAAGAUAGGAAGCUAAAUUAUAAUCAAAUUAUUCCCUUUUCCUGGUUAACCACUACUUUAAUAGAUACGGCAGCCGGGAAAAAAUGAGAUCGGGUAAGGACAUUUGGUGUAUCUCCAACAUAUCCUUCCUCGUAAUUAAAUAAUUACCCUCGAAUACAGGAUAUCUAAGUAAGUCUAGCAAUAGAAAUUAUAGCUAAUUUGUGCAUAUGUCUCUUUUAAAACAAUUUUCUUCAAACUGCUUAUGAUGGAGCGUAUUCUAUGCAUAUACAAUGCAUUAAUGUGUAUUGAUAAUGUAUUAUUGUGUAUUUGAUAAUGUAUUAUUGUGAUAAAGGUUCCUAUUUAUAGACGUGUGUAUGCUGACAUGCUUUACGUAGGUGCCCCACUAAGGUUCAUCAGAAGUGGCUUUCUUAUACUUUUUUGUUAUAAAAAAUACAAUAUUCCAUUAUAUUAAACUAUUUAAUGAUGUUGUAGACACUUUAUCUGACUAGUACAGAGUGUUAAUAUUAAACCAUUAAUUAAUCA